UCCUGUUUCUGCGUCUGAUUCAUUCUUCUCCCUCUUGGUUCUUCAUUCCUGACGUUUUUUUCCCGCCCUUCCAUUACGAUAUUUUAUUAUUUCAUCAUCUUCAACCUUCGUCAGCAUGGAAUGCUUGAGGAACAAGUUUACUGGUGGCCUCCUCCUUGAUGGAGGUCGCUACCAGACCAUCUCACCACUCAACCACGGCUCUUUCGGCAUGGUUUUCAUGGCCCAGGAUCUCGUCUCUAACCAAACUGUCGCCAUCAAGUGUUUGACUAAGAAGUCUGCCGCUUGCGACACCGGUGUCGAGCUUGCUGUUGAUGAGCGAUCCGAGGAGUAUGCCCUCCACAGCAGCCUUGGAUCGCACCCAAACAUUGUCAACCUGCUUGAUACGUUUGAGACGGAUGCUCACGUCUUCUUGGUCAUGGAGUUCUGCUCCCAGGGCGACCUGUACGAGGCGAUCCGCAACGGCCACGGACCCCUGGAGACCGAGCAUGUUCGUCAGUUCAUGCUCGAGCUGGUGGACGCUGUCGCGUACAUCCACUCCAAGGGCGUCUACCACCGCGACAUCAAGCCCGAGAACAUCUUCCUCACCCAGGAUGGCGCCAUGAAGCUCGGUGACUUUGGCCUGGCCACCACCGACAAGUGGUCUUACGAGACCACUGUCGGCAGCGAUAGGUACAUGGCCCCCGAGCAGUUUGACUCUGCUGGUGCCGGAUACUCGCCCGCCGAGGCCGACAUCUGGGCCAUUGGCAUCUGCCUCCUCAACAUCCUCUUCUCUCGCAACCCCUUCACCACCCCCACCGAGGCUGAUCCCCUGUUCCUCGACUUCUCCCGCGACAAGCAGAGCCUCUUUGAUGUCUUCCCCAGCAUGUCUCAGGACACGUACGAGGUCAUUGUGCAGUGCAUGAACUUGGAUCCCAGGAAGCGUUCCCUUGAGGGUGCCCGGGAUGCCCUCCUUCGCGUCGUGAGCUUUACGACGGAGGACGAGAGCCUCGAUGACUUUUGCGGUGCAGAGAACCCUACCCUUGCAUCCGCUCAUCGUGAGCCUCUUCGGACCCCGUCGAUUCAAACUCCGCACGUGGAUGGAGGCGCGUUCCCGUGGACCAAGGCGCUCAAUGAGACCCCUGCUCGCCGCCAGCUCAGUGCCAUCCCCGACGACGAGAGCUAUAGCGAAGAUCUCUUCUCCAAGUCUGGGGAGACCACGGACUGGUGCUCUGCCUACGUCCAGACUCCCUCGUCGUCCAUCAUGGACACGCGCGCUCUCGAGGCUCGCAUGCGUAACUUUCAAAUCUCUCGCCCGCCCCAGCCCAAGGUCUCCCCCACUGCUGGCUCGCUGCCCAUUGCCAUGGGCAAACCGUUCCCUUCCAUGGCCUCCGUCUUCGGUAUCCAGAAGGACACCGUCUCCAAGAGCUGGAGCGACAUGUGGGACGAGGACGAAGAGGAGGAGCAGGAGCAGCAGCGGGUCAACGCGCUUAAGGAGCUCAACUCGCGCACCUGGAGCCACGAGAGCACCCACGAGCAGCCGACGCACAAGACGGAGCCCGUUGCCGCGGCGCACCUCAUCAAGGGAGAUGUGGACGACGACUUGGUCGCCGAUGGCUUCUUCUUCCACGAGGCCUCGCCGUCGACCGGGCACCACGCCUUCACCAUCACGCCGCGCUACUCUCCUCCCUCCAAGCGCGGCAACGGCGGCAACAACAUCGACAAGUGGGCGGCGCUUGGUGAGCGUCGCAGGGGCCAGAACACGAUUGGCGUCGAGCCGGAGAAGAGCCCGGGCUGGAAGCAGCCGGGCGUUUGGGAUCAUUUUUCUUCUUCACACCAUAGCAAUUCUUUGAACAACACUUUUAACUACAACAACAAUGGCAACAAUGGCAACAACAACAAUCACGGCAAGGGCUGGAACAAGGAUCGCCUCAAGGAGAAUUCUUGGACAAAGGCCAAAGAUUGGAACUGGCGCAAGGAUAGGCGCACCGAUCUAGGGGACGUUGAGUGGGUUGGCGGUUGGUAA